ACAAAAAUCGUAUAUAUAUAUUGAUAGAAUUCGAGUAUGUUAUUCAUUUAAAAUUGACAAGAAUAUCUAAUUCACUUGCAGAAGCUCGGCCAACCAUGGCUAUCAAGAAAAUUUCGAUGUUCACCAGUUUAGUGGUGGUAACCAUCAUAAGCUAUAAUGUACAAAACAUUAAUUCACAAUCAAUGGUGCAACCAUUAAUAGACCAAGAUUUCGUGGCAGUCAAAGCCGCUUUGUAUGAACUGCAAGAGGCUGAAUACAACAUAAUGAACGAUUCACAAAAAUUAAACGACAUACAAAGAGAAUAUUUGGCAGGAAGAGUUGAUUAUUCUGCUGUGGAGCGGGCAAGAAAUGAGUUAAUGCAAACCAAAAGCGUGUGGUUCGAAAAAGUAUUAAAUUACCUGCGUGCAACAAAUGCAUUUGAGCCUUCAGUCAAUUAUCAAAAUUCAUUUCCCCAAAAUUAUUACCAAAACACGGGUCCCUCAGACACAUAUGACACUCUAAAUAAUAUAAAUGAAAUGAAAGCCAAUCUUGGAAUUCCCCCUGGUCCACCUCCAGUUCUAGUAUAAAACUUAUUUUAAUUCUUUCUUUUUUUUUGUCUUUGACGUGUGUUAUUGUUUUUUAUUAAUCAGACGUAACCGAUUUUGAUUGAAAUAAAACAAAUGUAUCAUCGAUAAA